AUGUCUGGGCCUCUCGAAACCCUCGCCAAACCCUCCGCCUUCUUCGUGCGCCAUGUCCGCACAAACGCGAUCUCUCGUAUUCCUCCUAUCGCUCGUCGGUCGGCCUCGCCCCUCCCCUGUCGCAUGGCAGUGUUAUCGCGGGACAAACUUGAAAGAGAAGCCGCAGCCAAGAGUCCCGACUUGCGUCGUUGCUUAGGCCACCAACGACUUCUCCGCCGCUCAAUAGAAGCUGCACAAGAGGAUGCACGGAAGGCCAUGGCAUCAUUCCAGCUAGAAGAAAGUGACGACGAGGACGAGAUCUUUGGAGACGACGAAGACGCUCCUCCCAGCCCUAUGAUCCGGGAACAGAUCACCAAGGCUGUCAAAGGAAUGAUCAAGCGUCGUGCAGCCAGUCAAGUUCAAGAGACCGACAAUACCAAUACGGCGCCGCAACUGAUGCGCAUCAGCUCCAAGAACGAUAGCAGCUGUGACUUGUCAGCGAGACAACCCAAUGCCUUCUACAAAACGCCAUCAGUCACAACGAAACGUCGCAAACCUACCACAAAGUUUGCCUUUACCCGACUGUGGUCGUCAUCCAAUCAAUCCGUGCAGGCAAUGGCUAGCUGA